CAACCAUUGUCCGCUAUGCCGCCGCCGCCGCCGCCGCCGCAGCGUCCAGUCCCCUCACGCGUUGGCCGCGCCAACCUAUUCUCCGCUCCUCCCUCUCCCCUCCCCAACCGCCGCGACCCCAAGAGCCGCUCCGUCCCUCUCCCUCCUCGCCGCCGCCACCCCGAGAACCAGAAUCAGCGACCUUCCCACGAACAAGACUCAAUGCCGGCUCCCAGGACCACGGGUACCAAUCCCGCCUUCCGAGCACACCACCUUCGCACCUCCUACCGCAAGCCCGUGCCCCCCGCCGCGGCCGUCGGCCAGGCAGAGGCCCUGCUCGCAGCCGACCCCACCGACGCUGCCGCAGGGCGUUCCGUCGUCGUCGGCCCAUCCGGUGUCACCUUCCGUCUCCCCGGCGCGCCCUUCGACUUUCAGUUCAGCUACUCCGAGACGCCCCGCGCUGCGCCGCUGGCCAUCCGGGAGCCCCCGUUCCUGCCCUUCGCGCCGCCCACCAUGCCACGGCCGUGGACCGGAAAGGCGCCUCUGCUAACCAAGGAGGAGAAGGCACGGCGAAGGGGCGUACGGCUGCACACGCCGCUCGGCCAGGAGCCACCUCGAACGGUGAGCGCUCACGGGAUCAUGAUGGAGGUUAGGGGCAGGAGGCAGCGGGACUUCGCCAGGGUGAGCCCCGGCGACGGCAGGAGCAGGGAGGAGGUUCUAGGGGAGCCGCUCACCUCCGACGAGGUGCGCGACCUCAUCAAGCCUCAUAUGUCACAUAACCGGCAACUCAAUAUUGGAAGGGAUGGAUUGACCCACAACAUGUUGGAAAUGAUACAUUGCCACUGGAGGCGGCAGGAAAUCUGCAAAGUAAGAUGCCGAGGAGUACCGACCGUUGAUAUGAAAAACCUUUGUCAUCACCUUGAGGAAAAAUCAGGUGGAAAAGUCAUAAAACGAGUAGGUGGCGUUGUUUUCUUGUACCGUGGAAGAAAUUACGAUCCACGCACGCGUCCUCGUUAUCCAUUAAUGCUUUGGAAGCCAGCCACUCCUGUGUAUCCAAAACUCAUCCAGCAAGCUCCAGAAGGGCUUACAAGUGAAGAAGCAGCUGAAAUGAGAAGGAGAGGACAAAUUCUACUGCCAAUUUUGAAGUUAGCAAAAAAUGGGAUAUAUAUCAAUCUUGUAAAGGAUGUUCGGGAUGCUUUUGAGGGAAAUGAUCUGGUGAAGAUUGACUGCGAGGGUUUGGAACCAAGUGACUACAAAAAAAUUGGAGCAAAACUGAAGGAUCUUGUUCCUUGUGUUCUUCUGUCAUUUGACAAUGAGCAGUUACUAAUCUACAGAGGCAAAGAAUGGAAAUCCAGAUAUCUGAAGCCUCUAACUCUUAUUCCAAAAGUUCAAAAGAAUAAUCUCGGAGUGUCAUCUGCUUCGAGCUCAGAUGAAUCGACUGAUGCUAGCGAUAAUGUGGCAAUACGAGAAGUAUUGGGACCCAAAAUGUUUAAACUGUGGAAGCGUGCAAUCGAGUCAUCCAUAGCCUUGUCGCUAGAUGAAGAUGAAGUCAACGCACUUACGCCUGACAUACUUCUUGCAAGGGUUGAGGAGUUCAGUAUCACAUGUCAGGCUGUGGAGCAUUCAUUUCCAGCUUUGCUCGUGACCAAUGGCGAGGACAGCACUGAAGUUCUAAAUGAGUCUGACGACGAGUCUGAAGAUAAAAUAAUUAGACGCCGAGAGAUUCAGUCAGAGCAAUCACCUGUUGCCAGCGAGGAUGAUCACUUUGAAUAUGACAUGCUCGAGCGUUUGGAGUCAUCGGCACCACUGGGAUCAUUACCGAUCGAUGCCGUCUUAGAGCAGUUGAACAAAGAGUAAACAUACAAUCAUGAAACUGAGAGUUUAGGCUAAUGAAGCUGAUGAGGUAUUGGGCGAUAAUCAGAACGCACUCGGCUGGCGUGCUUGCAUUGUACUCCAUUUUCGGCCUUCCUCCAAACUGUUGUCUGAACGACUGUAAUGUCUGAGUAUUGGAGCCUUGGAAGAUUGUCAGCAAUGUGCUACGGUGCACCAUGCUAAGAGACUGCAUGUAGUCAGCAAUUGCACCUUCUAUGUAAAGAAAAAAUAUCCAUACCCAGGGCCAAUAUACAGAGAGGUAAAUAGCUUGUGCAUGUUA